AUGACGAAUCGGGGAAAGCCGUGGAGACUUCCCUCCGUGUGGAAGUUUGUCAUGCAGAUUAGACCAGAAGCCUGGGCUUCGUGCUCGUCUCACUGUUGCUGUAAAUGCCUUGCAAUCCGGGGGAGGGGAACUUGUUCAUUCUCAUGCCUCACGGUGAUCCUGAGUGUGCUGACGGACCACGUGGUGGAAGCAGAAGGUUUAGGGUAUCGUAUGGAAAAAUUCCCCCCCCUCCCUAUCGAAAGUGCAUCCUUCUGAAAAUUUAAUUUAUAUACAUCCUUGCAGAUGAAGAUCCUGAGAGGACUCUCCCAAAAGAACAUCCUUACGGAUAUGGAUGGACUGGUUAGAUGGGCGACUUUCCCGGUGCGUAUUUUGGGCGAAGGCCUCGCUGGAGUCAACGACGCAGACACUACAGCGAUCGAAAACCGACGCCGGGCGGACCUAGCGCUGGCCACAGCACUUGUCGACGGGGCGAGCACGCGCCUGCCAAGCUCUUCCGACUUACGCGCAUGCGGUAUAGUUCCAGACCGUUCGGAGCUUGUCGACCCAAAAGCGAAAGCACGCACCACGAAGACAGUCUCUAUCUUCGCCCACACCGACAUAGGCACGACAGUAGCUUGCGAAAUGGAGAAAAUGGGUAAAGGUAUUCCGGUUCUAGCGGCUAAGACCAGCGACGCGCACCUAGGAACAGAGGAAAGAGAAGAAGCGCAGCGCUUCGCGGCAUAUUGCAACAAUGCGAUAGUGCUUAUGGACGCUAUAGCAUCCUGGCCACAAACAGCCAGCGUGUGCUUCCGGCUAGAGGACUACCGCAAGCUCUGGAUCAAGACACGCGGUCCAUUGCGCAGGGGCUUAGGAAUAGUCCUCGCACUGGUAGAAAGAGUCGAAGCGUUGCAAAAGCUCGGCCACGUGGUAAUCAAGCAGUGUAGGCAUGACGCGGACGAAGACAGAUCGUGGGUGACAGCCAAAGCGCCUCCCACGAUCUCCACUGGGCUAACAGUAGUGAAUGUAGCAGACCACGACUGUUACGCUGACUGGCCCGUGUUUGACUACGGUGAGGAUGCCUUCAAAUUCGAACCAGUGCAACAGUGGCCGGAAAUGAGCAGACGCGAGCGAACGGAAUUCCUCACGGCAGCACUGCUAGGCGAGCAGGAACAAUCGCAAAACCAGGGCGAAGCGGCCGCACACGGCGCACAGGCAAGCGGGGGCCCCCCUGCGCAAGAGCAGGCGCACCAGGCCAACGGAAAAGACCAGCCGAUGAAGAACGCAUAUCAUCCACUAGGCUGGGACUGCCUCGACGAGGACGCGAUCGCUAAAUACCUCAGCAGGCUAGUAGAGGGGGAUCCUCCUAGCGCAUCCAGCUCAUCGUCCUCGAGCUCGCAGCCCCCAGGUGCGAAAGGGACUGGGAAAAGCCGCAAACGAGCACGGAGCAACUCAGGGGACUGGGGUGAGCUCCGAAGCCCGGAGCCUGCAACACCAGGAAACGACCCAGCCCCGGAGCAGCAAGCAGCACAAGAAACGCAGGAGAGCCGGGAAGAGGGUCCCAGAAGGAUUCCAGGGUCGAUGUUCCGCGACUCACCAGGGUCGAAGUUCAGACGGGGACCAUGGAAGUCGCUAUUCUAGAGCAAGCUACUUCAAUAACUACUUCUUCCACUUCGAAAAAACGUCUCUUCCGAAACAACCAAGAGGAUUGCUUCUUCUUACGAAAAAGCACUACUUCUUCUUCGCCUGUAAAAAAGGACGCGACACACGAAAAAACUCAAAGAGAAAAAGAACGCCUGAGCUGGAGCUACAAGGCAGGGACCAACGAACAGCCGGGCGCUGUUGUUCUCACUGUUCGCCAAGAACGAGGGAAGGAGAAAAACCCAAAGGGCAAGGCCCAGGAGCGAAAAAAAAAAAAAAAAAAUGCGCGCUGUCGCACAUGGCGCGCCCGUUUCCCCUACUCGUCUCAAUUUCCUCCCUGGCGCAAGGGGGGACCUUGCCGCCAGGUUUCUCCUUGUCUGCGCCGUCACCAGCUACUUCCGCGUGCUUACGGGUAUCCUUGAGUGAGCGAAGCUGCCACAUGUUGCAUGAAGCACGAUCCCACGGCGUGGGCGCGUGCGUGGCAAAAGCGUAACCUUUUACAUGUAUCUUUGUAUGGAGCACCCGCCCCCCCUCUUGCUUUAGCUCGAAUGGCGAAUGGCGACGAUUUGGGGGCCGCUCGAUAGCGCUAGGCGCUAGUGCGCAGGUAGGCAGGUGAGUCGCGCCGUCCCCGGGGGGCGUUCCCUGGUCUCACUUUACAAUCAAAAACUUAGCAGGGAAAGGAUCCAUGUGCCGGAUUGGGAGGUCGGUGCGUGCUUCUUCUGGCAAGGCUCGUCUAGAAGUAAUCACUGACGGUGGGACGUCGUUCAUGUAUGCGCUGCGUCAUGGCAUACGCAGUGGGUCCGGUGCUCGAGCUACAGUGACCGAGCCGUUGUGGAGUUUAAGUACUCUCCGCGCCGGACCUAAAAAACAAGGCUCAUAGCCCCGGCUCGGUUGCUGAUCAGAUUCGCCCUACACCCAUGCAGAAAUGCUACAGUGUGUGCGUGUUUGGUCCCCCCUGAACGACGUGUGAGUGAGUGUGGCCCACACCCAAGUCCGAAAAAACCUAGCCUCAUAACAGCCGCGCCCCUAAGGUAUAGAUCAACUGUUCGUCAUAGAAGAUCGGCGUUCAGCUGCUCUCGGGCUGGAGGAGGGAGUAGCAAGCAGCAGUCCGCUUAAGGGGCACACUGCCAACAUCAUCAUCAUCAGAUGAGUGUCGAUGUGGGAAGACCACAAAUCCUGUCUGUCUUGCAUGAAGGAAAAUCCAGAGUAGACUCCGCCACGGUAUGCGGGCGAUUUGCAAUGCUGUAAGACCUGCAGGGCGGACUUCUGCCAUGCUAAGGGCCUGCACUACAAGACCCGAGCUUAGGCUUAGUAUCUGCUUCGUGCAGUCCCCUACUGCAAGACAAAUUUGUGUACACUAAUGCCGCAUUAAGGGUUUCCACUUUAACAUGCGGAGGGGGGAUUUUUUCUUUUGAUAUUCCAGGAAGAGUGCUUAUUGCCUUCGGUUCCGUCGCGUUUGUUUUCCGUAUCCUGAGAAAAGCUCGAGGUAAGGACGUUUUGCAUUUCUGAGUAGGGGGCGUGUCGUGUUGCGUUUAUUUUGUAUCGAAAGACAUCUUCUAGGAGUAGGAACGUCCGCCCUUGUUUAGUGCAUUUUUGUGGACAUGAGGUGUACGAAGUGACUGACUCAAGCUUUUUGAUACAGGAUACUGAUUUUCCUGUACGGAAAGGUGCUCGCUUCUGCGUAGGACGAUGAACCGCGACCGCCUAUCCGUCGCCCAGCUUUGGCGUUCGCUUUUUCUUCUGUGAUGCAAAAACGCUUUUUGUUUUUCUUUUUGUAGCGUGGCUGUAAGAAUGCGAAAGUACACGCAGAGUGUGAUGAACGACGCCAAACAAUUUUCGUGAAGAUACGGCAUGAUAAAUUUUGCUUCCUGUGAUUUCUAGUAGGAGGACGCCAAAGCAUAUUUCUUUUUCAUUUUCUGCAACAUGAACAUGAUACGCUCCUGCGUCAACACGAGUCCCUAUCGAGCGCAGAGCUCUACACUCCAACGCCACGACUCUCUUUUCCAGUGCAAAUAUGUCUGGGUCUGGACGUGUUCCAACUUGUCAUGCUUCGUCUGGAUUAUGCAGAGCAAAAUCUGUGAUGCAUGAUUACCAAAAGCUGUCCAGUUUGCGGCUUUGACCAAGUUAAGAGGGAGCUUCUCAUUCACGAUAGGCAUAGUAAGGAUCUCACUGAGCAGUUUGUUAUGCUAGGUACCGCAUUCCAGAACCAGAGCCAUGGAAAACCUGCAUGACAAGUCUUGCAAUCUUCCAAACCCAGGCUUAUUCGCAUUUGAUAUUUCUUGGAUGCAGACAACAGUCGACUCAUGCAGUUGCGCUACUCGUUCUCGUUGGAUUGUGAUGCAAAAGGCUCUUGAGGAAGGUCAGUGGGGCAUGCAUGGAGUGUACGUUUGCAGGUAGUGUUUUUUACUUACUCACUUUGCUAUGCUUGCAUGACAUAUCCGAGAUUAUGAGUACUUUUGUAAAUUUAUUACACAAAUAAAUUCAACCGCCCACCGCACAUGACAAAGAAGCUUGCUUCCACUUUUUCACACCAAGAAGAGUUUGCAUGCCCAUAUUGCGCAGGACCAGGACCUAUUGACGUACUGCAAAUAAUGCGAGAUGCGAAAGACGCCUACGACUACGGAAAGCAGUAUCUGAGAAAAUGACCCAUCCUUGGCCCAAACGAGUAGGUUUGAACUUUAGGUAUUGCAAAUAUGUCUAGAUCUGGAAGACUGUAACAUUCGGAUUCUUGAAUGCGCACCAUACUCCUGAAGUCUGUAUAUGCAGAGUAGGGAAUUUGUCAUGCAAAUACGCGAACUCUCAUCCGGGUUACAACGCACUACAGCUCAAGAACAGCUUUCCAGACCCAGACGCAUUUGCACUUUAUAAGUACUUACUUUUGCUCCAACUCCAGGGUUAUCAAAUGUAAAAAUGUCUGGGUCUGGAAGAAUGGAACUUCUCAUGCUAAAUCUGAAGCAUGCAAAAAUCUGUGUUGCAUGAUUGCCAAAAGUCGUCUAGUUUUGACCAAGUCGCGAGGGAGUUUCUCAUGCAGGAAAGGCAUGAGAGAGAUCGCCCACAAUCUGUCAUGCUAGGUCCUGCAUUCCAGAACCAGACCUCAUGCAUGGAAAAGCUGCAUGACAAAUCGCGCAUUCUUCCAGACCCAGACAUUUUUACAUUUGAUAAGGGUGUUUCUGUUUGCGAAAAUGCCAGUUGUGAUGCAUGGGGGUUUGUGACUUGAUGAUGAUUCUCGCCGUUCUUAUAUUUCCAUGACGCACAUCGAUUCCUCGAACAGAAAAAUACGCCCUGCACCUGCUGAAGGAAUUUUUCCUCGAGAACUAAAAUGAUUUGCAAAUCUUGACCAUGGACGGUUUUUUUCUUGCAUUCCAUACUCAAAAAAGCGAGGAGCUGUUUUCUUGAUCUUGUCAUCUUCGACGUGGAAAUUGAACUACGCAUUUUUUUAUGCUACAGAAAGAUCUCCACACUCUUGUGAGAGAGCCGUGGCUUUGCGCGGAUGAAGGUGGAGGAAAUAGGAAUAUCAAAGUGAAAAAAGCCCCCAUCCCAUAGUCAAAAGACAAUUUGUGUUGCUGGGGAGGGGAGAUUUUUCCUCACAAUGAAUAAGGAAUUGGACGAAGACACCUCCAGGAUGAUGACAGCUCUGCGCCUAUCCUAGGUAAAAAUAUGAAACCGCCCCAGAGCUGUCUAAUGUCUUGUAGGUCUCGACGUCUGCUGCAAGAGCCAGAAGUUGCAGCAGCCGCGCGUCUGCGUCUCUGGGGUGGGUACUUCUUUUUCCCACGUGAUAGCACUCCAUACCGCACCAGAGGAUAUGCAGUGCAAAUGUUUUGGUCUGGAAACUUGUAAUGCCGAUUUGCUGUUGUGUGAGAUUGCAACACGAGCUUUUUGAUGUUUAUUGCGCAUUAAGCAUUGCGUUCUUGUUGCAUGAGCAUGACAAAGGAAGCUGCCCUUCUGCUGUUGACGCAACACAGAUUUUCUCGGGUUGCAAGACACGCAUGACAAGUUCCACUUUUCCAGACGCAGACAUAUUUGCAUUUGAUAGAGGACUCGCCGGAACGAUAAUUCCCCGGCGCCUGGUGUAUCAAACGGAGCAGCGUGAGCAACGUAACUCGAAUAAGAUCGUUGACUCCGUACUUCUUGGUGAAAUGAAUUUAUGUCCGCAUGCUGUAGUUGAUUCAUUGCAUCGCACCGUUGGCGCAUUUAUAAGAAAGUAGAAAGAAAUUGAAAUAGAAAGUUGUCCGAGUCCGUUGCUAUACAGCACAACUACCAAAAGAAACGGUCUCGUGUUUCGUUGCUACACAGCACAAGGUGGUAGAAUGUCGGGCGGUAGGGAUCGCGAGCGGAUGCCGGGUCGUGUGGUAGCUGUGGCUUUCAUGCCGAUGUAUAAUUUAUUGAAACAGAGAAUCGAUUAUAGCUGUAGGUACUGUAUGAUACUAGAAAAAGACGCUUUCAAUGCUGAGUUUCGAAAUCUGAUGAUAUUUCGCCACCUAGAGAAAUAAGUUUGGUUGGCAUGAUACUCGUGAAAAAGGAGAUAACAAAAAAAUAUAAUGACACGACGUUUCGGUUUCGAAUACAAUUUACUUCAUUUCAUAUACUUAGACAUCUUCACAGCGACUUCACAUAUUACAUUGCAGAGUUUGUAUACAUGAAGAAGAUGAACAACUGAACAUGAUUUAUUGCCUUGUACAAUCAACAUAUUUUUUUUGAGCAGUAGAAGGGAUACACUUCACAUUGAUGAUCGACCGAAAAGAAUAAAGAAAAUCGUUCCCAGCUGCGCAAUGUGGGACGGAACUUGGUGCUUCGAAAGAACAGUCUUUUGUGAUGGUUGUUCGCAACUGGAACGUCUCCAAUUAAUCGUUCUGGUACAACCUCCAGAUGAUCUGCACCAAACAGAG